UUGCCUUAGCUUUCACAAUUCGUAGUCCAGGGGUCAACUUAACAGAAGACGGGGCACAGGCUGGGUGGGCACCUUCUCCGAGGCAUGGGCAGAUGAAUACAGCCCUCCCCACUGAAGAGCAGCGCAGCUCUCCCAAAAGGACACAGUCCCCAUUUCACCACGUGGUGACCUUUGCUUCCAAGGUCAUCGAGCACAGGAUUUCAUGGAAUGUGGGUGGGGUCAGUUACGUGUUGUCUCUCAGAUGGGUGAGAUCUUGAGAACUUUAGGGCCAGGGAAGGGUUCCUCAUCCUGUCUGAGCAGUUUCCCCUCAGAACUGGUUGUCCCCAGUAUACUGGGCUGCUACUGAGCCGAACAGUGGGUAGGUUUAGGAGGUGACUAUCUGCCCCCUAACUGUGGGCAAUGGGAAGACAGGAGGGAUCACCCUGAGCCCCGAAUAUAUAUAAUUCCUGUGGUUUGACUCCCAGGGGUCCAUCAGAACAGACACCAUGGCCGAGUAUGACUACGGAGACCUCGGGUUCUUCAACGCUUCCAAUGACAGCAGCCAGGGGCAUGAACACUUCCUGCAGUUCAGCAAGUUCUUCCUGCCCUGCAUGUAUGUGGUGGUGUUCAUCUGUGGCCUGGUGGGGAACUCCCUGGUGCUGGUCAUAUACAUCUUCUACCAGAAGCUGAAGAGCCUGACGGACGUGUUCCUAAUGAACCUGCCCUUGGCUGACCUGGUGUUCGUCUGUACUCUGCCCUUCUGGGCCUAUGCAGGCAUCCACGAGUGGGUCUUUGGCAACGUCAUGUGCAAAACCCUGCUGGGCAUCUACACCUUGAACUUCUACACGUCCAUGCUCAUCCUCACCUGCAUCACCGUGGACCGCUUCAUUGCAGUGGUUCAGGCCACCAAGGCCUAUAACCAGCAGGCCAAGUGGAUGGCCUGGGGUAAGGCCAUCUGCUUGUCCAUCUGGGUAGUUUCCCUGCUGGUUUCCCUGCCGCAGAUCAUCUACGGCAACGUCCUUUACUUUGACAAGCCUGUCUGCGGCUAUCACAACGAGGAGAUUUCCACCAUGGUUCUGGCCACCCAGAUGACACUGGGGUUCUUCCUGCCACUGCUUGCCAUGACCGUCUGCUACUCAGUCAUAAUCAAGACACUGCUUCAGGCCCGAGGCUUCCAGAAGCACAAGUCUCUGAAGAUCAUCUUCCUGGUGGUGGCGGUGUUCCUGCUGACCCAGACGCCCUUCAACCUGGUGAAGCUCAUCCGCAGCACGAGCUGGGAGUACCACACCAUGACUAGCUUUCACUAUGCCAUCACAGUGACAGAGGCCAUCGCCUACCUGCGUGCCUGCCUUAAUCCUGUGCUCUAUGCCUUCGUUGGCCUGAAGUUUCGGAAGAACUUCUGGAAACUUGUGAAAGACGCUGGCUGCCUCCCUUACCUGGGUGACUCAAGCCAAUGGAAGUGUUCAGAGGACACUUCCAGGACUGCUUCAGCCUCUCGCAACAUGGAGGCGACCAGCAUGUUCCAGCUGUAGGCCUUGCUGGGCUUGGAGAGGCUGCUCAGGAAGUCACAGGAGCAUGGCUGUGUCCUCUAAGGCUUUGUGUAUAGCAGGAGCAUUCUCAAGGAGAAUCAAAUGGUGCAGCUGGGGUGGGAUGCUUCUUCUCAGGCAUGCGCAGACUGUGCUCUCUUCUUUUACACCCAGGCCUAAAGCUCAAAGGGGAGUCUGAAAGCUGCCAGAGCUUUCCUUCCUCUAUCCCGAGAAUACUGACACCAGGGAAUGACAUAUGAUUCUCAAGACCCCAGCUUCUCCUUCAGUGGGAAUGGGAAUGGGACUAAGGGCUGAAGAGGGGGACCUGCCCAACAAAGGUCCUGAUGGCAGGUGACACUCUGGGCUCCCAAGUUCAGAAGAUUCUUCUGCUGACUGGGAAGCAGGGGAGAUUAAAGCAGCCAUGAAAACCAGUGCUGACACUGUCACUCAGACCUCCAUCACCAGGCACCCAACAGAAAUGAGCUCAGGUUCUGCCACGCCUUGUGUGGUUGGUUU